AUGAAAUCAUUCACUUCAUCUUCAUCUAAUAUAUCAUCAUAUUCAUCAACAAAUUCACCUUCUCAUUUACAAUCUUCACCUUCACCAUCAAGAAAAAAUUGGAAAGCAAUACUACGACCAAAUAAACACAAACUGGGAAAUAUCAUUAAUACAAAUAUCAAUACUAAUAAUAUUUCAGAUUAUGAUUAUAGUUUAGCUUCAUCAAAAUUAUUUCCAACUUUAUCAAUACAAGAAUCAUCAAAUAAUAAUAAAUCACCAAUUUCAAAUAUUUCAACUCCAACUUUUGAUAAUAAUAUAAAUUAUAAAACUCCAAAUACAUCACCAAUAAAAUUAAAUUCUAGUCCAAGAAAUCAAUUUUUACCAAAUAAAGAUCCAUUUGAUUUUGGAGAACUAAAUCAAUCAUCACAAAUUCAGAUGGAUGGAUUAAAUAUAUCAUUUGCAAAUAUUUUAAAUAAUAAUAGUCCACAAAUUAAACAAGAAACAAAAUUAGAAAGUCCAGAAAGUUUGAAAAGUAAUAGAAGUAAUUUUUCACAAACAACUUCACCUUCACCAGUAGUAAUAGAAAAUAAUUGUUUUAUAUGUUCAGAAUUAUUACUGAAUGUAUUUCAAAGUGAAAGAGUAUUAAAAUUAAAUUGUGGAGAUUCUGUUCAUUAUGAAUGUUUUAAAAUUAUGUUUUCAAAGGAAUUAGAAGAAGUUGAUAGUAAAAAUAAAAUUAUAAAAUUAUCAAGCUUAUGUAAUGGUAAUAUUUGUAAAGGAGAAUAUACCAUAGAAAUAGAUAAUAAAAAGUUAAACUUAAUGUCAAGAAGAUCAUCAUCAUUAACACCAAAAAGACCAGCUCCUGCACAACCUAAAAGAAAUCUGGAAAUUAAACAAAGUAUUAAUUUUGAGGCAUUAAAAUCUACAUUAAAUGAUGUUCAAAGAAAACCAAGUCUGAAAAGAGAUUCAAUGAUUAAAUUAAAAUCACUGAGACAAAAUUCUAUAAAAAGAGAAUUGCUGAAACUGAAAAGAGAUACUAGUGAUUUUAGCUUGAGAUCAGUUUCACCUGUUACUACAAUUUCAACAAUAAUGACUGAAACUUAUAAUCCAAAUGAUUUUGAUGAUGGAGAAAUCGAAAAUAUUAUAAAUCAAUUAAUUAAAUUUUUAUUAGAUAAUUGUCCAAAUUUUAAUUUAUCUAAAUUAUCUACAUUAGGUAAAUUAAGAGUAGCAGAUCAAUUACAAAUUAAAAUUAAUAAUAAUUUUUUAAUUAAUUAUUGUUAUUUAUUUGAAAAUUUUAUGAUAAUAUGGAAUGAAACACAACCAAUUUAUUUUUCAAUGAAAGAAACUAAAAUAAUUUCAAAAGGUUCAAUAAUAACAAUACAAAAUCCUGAAAAUUCCAUAUCAAUUAAAUCAGAAAUAAAUUAUAUUAUUGAAAAAUGGGCUAUUGCUUUAAUGGAUUUAAAUUUAGAAUUACCAGGAAGUAAAAUUACAAAUACAAUACUUUUAAAACCAAAAUUACCAAUUUCUGAACGUAAUUCAAUGGGGGAAAGUAUUUUCAUAGAUCGACCAAAAAGUUUAAAUUUUAAAUUAUUAGAUACAGUUGAAUCAAAUAAUAAUAAUUCAGAUAAUAAUUCAGAUGCUAAUUCAGAUAUUAAUUCAGACGUAGAUUCAGAUAUUGAUUCAGAUGAUGAAAUUAUUAAAAAUGUUCUAAAAGAUAAAAAACAAAAGCCAAUUAUUGAUUUACAAGAUUUACAAAAUUUAAUAUUGGAAAUUGAUGAAGCAAUGUUUUAA